GAGUUGGAAACAACAGCAGCUCGGCCCGGCUACUGCUUUCAGACAGCUGUGUGAUUUCUGAGACCUGUAAACAGUUAUUUUUCAAGGAAAUACACCCUACUCGCAGUGUUAGCCAUAUGAUUCACCUAUUUAUUGUUUUCUUAAACGGAUAACUACAUGGCUGACGCAGUUCACCGGGACUCAUUAGAGCAAGAAGGCCUAUCGGGCUCCAUGUCUCCCUACGGCUCCACAGACGGCAGCGGAGAGCAGGACCAUCAGAGUCACAGUCAUGGCAACAACCAAAGCAACCAUCUGUUUCCCACGGCCGAGGCGGGUCAUUGGGUCGGGGAUGAUCAGGAAGAGGAGGCCAUUCGCAGGAAGUUAAAAUACUUCUUCAUGAGCCCUUGUGACAAAUACCACGCCAAGGGCCGCAAGCCUUACAAGCUGAUCCUGCAGCUGCUAAAGAUCAUUAUUGUCACAGCGCAGUUGGUGCUGUUUGGCCUCAGUAACCAGGUGGUGGUGACCUUUAAGGAGGAGAACACUAUGACCUUCAAGCACCUCUUUCUCAAAGACUAUGACGAGUCAUCAGACAAUUCCUACGCUGUUUACAAGCAGAGCGACGUCUACGACCAGAUCUUCUACACUGUGGAUCAGUACCUGGCCUUACCAGAGACCACAGUGGGACGCUAUGCAUACGUGUACAAUGUUGGUUUCAACGGCAGUGCGCUCUCCCUCUGCCAGCAGUACUACAAGAAGGGAAGCAUCGACCCAGCCAAUGACACGUUCGUUAUAGACCCUCACAUCAAAACAGAUUGUGUAGGUGUAGACCCGCUGGCCACACCCACAGGUCUGCUCUCCACCAGCUACAGGAACUUUACACUCAAGUUCCACAAGCUCAUUAACGUCACUAUAGAGUUCCAGUUGAAGGCCAUCAAUUUACAGACCAUUAUAUACAACGAGAUCCCAGACUGCUACACUUUUUACAUAAAAAUACUCCUGGACAACAAGGCACACAGCGGCAAGGUGAAGAUCCGGUUAGAAAACCAGGCUUCUAUAAAGGAGUGUAAAGACCCGAGCGUCUCUGGACACGCUGAGAACUACACACGUGUAGCGUUUGAUGUCGCUGUGGCUCUGGUGUGUACGCUGUCCCUGAUGCUGUGUGGACGCUCCAUACUGCGAGGCAUCAUACUGCAGCAGGAGUAUGUGAAUUUCUUCAGGGAGACUCUGGAUCGUAAAGUGUGCUGUGCAGAUCGGCUGGAGUUCAUUAACGGAUGGUAUAUCCUCCUUAUCAUCAGCGACAUCCUCACCAUCACUGGCAGCAUCGUCAAAAUCGGCAUUGAGUCUAAGACUAUGUCCUCAUACGACUUGUGUGGCAUCCUGUUGGGAAUCUCCACACUCAUGGUGUGGGUCGGAGUCAUUCGCUACCUCACAUUCUUCCAGAAGUACAAUAUCCUGAUCGUGACACUUAGAGCAGCGUUCCCCAAUGUGAUCCGGUUCUGCUGCUGCGUGGCCGUCAUCUAUCUGGGAUACUGCUUCUGUGGCUGGAUCGUCCUGGGACCGUACCACGUCAAGUUCCGCUCUCUAUCCAUGGUGUCAGAGUGCCUCUUCUCCCUGAUUAACGGGGACGACAUGUUCGUGACCUUCUCGGAGAUGCAGGAGAGCAGCACUCUGGUGUGGCUGUUCAGCCAAGUGUACCUGUACACCUUCAUCUCCCUCUUCAUCUACAUGGUGCUGUCGCUGUUUAUCGCUCUCAUCACAGGAGCCUACGAGACCAUCAAGCACCAAACCCAAGGACCCAUCCACAUCACAGACCUGCAUGCCUUCAUAGCAGAGUGCACGGACGCACCAAACUCAGGGAAGUUCAGAGGACUGGAGACCUCGCCGUGCUCUUUCUUCUGCUGCUGUGACAGAACGACGUCAUAUGAGGAUGUCCUGCUUGUGAACUGAAGUUGACCUCAGUGACCUCAGAAGCAUCACUACCCCCCCCUGCUGACCACAGUGAGACACUGCACACUCCUGAUGCUGAAUGUCUCUGUACCAACAUGCUGUGUAUCUGGGUCAAACCUCAUCACUCAUCUGAAGCAUGACCUGGAAGGAAUGAGUAAAAACAUCUUACGCCUGUCUUUUAUGUCCAUGAAGAAGAAACACGGGGCUGAUGCAGGACUGGACCUUGCUUCUGUACGGACAGGCAUCACGGAUGACUAAAGCACAGACAAUUAUCUGUUCCUUGUUGGUUUUAAAAAGAGUACCGUAUCUAUUAUAAUGUAUUUAAUGAGGCACAAUUUACUGAGUGGGUACAGGUGCCAUGAUGAAGACUGAAGUAGUGUAUACAUGGUGCUGUUUUUGUUUUUAGUGUUUUUGUUUUUAUAGUAUUUAAAAAUGUUUACCUCUUAAAGAGUUUCUUAUACAUAUCACAAAAUACAGCCAACAUCUUGUCUUUUUUCCUACACUCAAUUACUCCAAUACCAUAAUAUCCUUUACAUUCUAUACAAACUCUUUGCUCUAGGAACUACUUGGCAGAAGAUACAAUGGGACAAGUCAAUUCAUACAAAAGAUAGAAGGGCCCUUGGAGAGCACUGACCUCUGCCAAGGCUGUUUCCAUAAGUGAAAAUGAAUGCUUGUGUAUGCCCCAAUGAAUUGGAUCCAUUCCAAAAUAAAAUGGGUUCUUACUUAGCCCAUGUGUAUCUAUUUCACCCAGUCUAUUAACAUUGGGCCAGUAGUUUUUAUUUAUUUGUUUUAACCCCGAGACAAACAAAUCAACGUGGCAGGGUUCGUUCGGUAAAAACCCCAAAUCCAAAGUCAGAACAAUGUGGUAAGAAAGGACCACAAGCAGAUGUACAGUUUGAGGUUUCAGAUGUGGGAUUGAUUUGUUUUCUGUCCCGUGAACUGCACCUUCUGUAUAGAGUUUCAAACACUUUGAUUUUUUCUACUGCACAAGCGUCACGCUGCCUUCAAAUGUGGAUACUACUAUUGUUGUACAGCUUGUGUGAUGUAUUGCACUCAACUGAGCUUUCAUCACUAUUAUGUUUAUAAUGAAGCACUCAACAUUGCCUGUGGUUAUCUACAACAAGGAAAGCUCUUCUUUCAGACCCAUGGGCAUGUUCCUUUAAUGAUGCCUUACUUCAUUCAUUAUAAGGUAAACAUAAUAGCCCUUACCUUCAAUUCUAUACUGAUUGUAGUUGUAUCUGGCGUGUUUUAAGAGAGAAAUGACUUGAAUCAUCCGACAAAGUCGAGCUGGGUUUAAGCCAGGGGUGUCAAACUCAAUUUCAUCGCGGGCCACAUUAGAAUUAUGGUUGCACUCGAAGGACCGGUGGUACA